UAAGCCUCGCAGCUAUUUGGCAAAAGCACAGGAGUCUGUUUGAUGAAGUAUUCACCAUAAGGACUGUUCCUCUUAUUGGGCGGGAAGCUGACCUGUGUGAGGUGAAGACCCCCGCAGCGGCGGAGACGUCUCAGCUGAGGUGACGCUGUUUGUGUGUCUCAGCAUCCGCGCCACACCCUCGUCAGAGUGCAGCAGCAGCAGGACCUGCAGGACCAGCAUGAUGCGGCUCGCCCUGCUAGUUUUGGCUCUCCCGGCGGUCUGCAAUGGCAUCCUCCCUGAGAUAGUGGACUCAGGCAUCAGUCACAUCCUGGAGGAUCAUUCCGACCAGGGACAGACGGAGCUGGACCGCGUGUUUGUGGAAGUGGAGCAACUGCCAGAGGAUCCGCAUCAGAAGCCUGAGGAUGCGUUUCACCAAAGGAACAACCAGAGUGUCAGCCCUCAUCCCAACGACCUCCCUCCAGCUCCUCACGAUGAAUCUGCUCCUGAUGAAGUGAUGGAUCGUGAGUCUGUCCCCGGCUCAGUAGAACAGGAGACAAACAACAUCACGUCCACAGCUGUCCAACCCUCUGACCUGGAGAACAGUGUCGAUCGUGGAUGCGUCUCUAACGAGGACUGUGGGAAGGACAGAUACUGUGUUUCUACCACACACAGCUCCAGGUGUCUGCCCUGCAAAGCAACUGAUGUGUCGUGCAGUAAAGAUGAGGAGUGCUGUGGUGAACAGAUGUGUGUGUGGGGCCAGUGCAGUCAAAACGCAACAAAAGGAGAAGCUGGCAGCACCUGUCAAUACCAGACGGACUGCAGGCCGGACCUCUGCUGUGCUUUCCAUAAAGCCCUGCUCUUCCCCGUCUGCUCGGCCAAGCCCAUCGAGCGUGAGCGCUGCUUUGGCGCCUCCAACCACCUGGUAGAGCUGUUGUCCUGGGACCUGCAGGACGAGGGACCCAGGAAACACUGCCCCUGUGCAGGAGACCUGCACUGCCAGCACCUGGGGAGAGGCUCCAUGUGCCUGAAAGGAGAGGACUCGAGUGAAGAGGACCUGACAGACGAACUGUACUCAGAGAUAGACUACAUCCUCUAGACACUGCUUCAUUUCAUUCACUUUGCCUUGGAGACGACGACACUGAGGUCUCCACUGACUGUAGCACUUUCUGCUUGCCAGCUUAAUCCAAAGUGAUGGAGCUAUACAGCAUGGAUGAAAUUAUUUGCUGCUUUACAAUCCUCAGUCUCUGGAAAUGUAGAUCUAAAAGUCACAAACAAAAGAAACAGGAAACAUUUAUUUACUCAAACCCUUCUCUAACACUGACUGCAGGGAACUGAAAACAGCUGUAGACACCGAUUAUCUACGGAUGACUCACCUCUCUGUUUACUGUUGUAACAUCACCUGUAUUAUGUUGAGUGGCUCAGUGAAUAAACUGAGAGAGCAAAGUUACCUUUGAAGCAUACAUGGCAGUUUAGGCUGCCAGAAUCACUUCCUUUAAUACCACACCCAGAUUUAUCUUUCAGUGCUGCCAGUGACCACAGCAGCUGCUCGUACUGUCGCCUGCAGAGCUGCUGUCUCUGUAGUUUCAGAGUAAGUCUUUACUUUGUUAUCCAUGAGAAGAGGUUUUGGAAAAGCUCGCUGCUGCAAAGCUUCUGGGAGGAUGGAUGUAGAUCUGCUCUGCUGCCAACAAACACGUUUUUCACCUGAGCCUCAACAUUUUAAUGGUGUUACUGUACACAGAAGAGGAGGAAUUGAUUGUGUAUAUAUUCAUCAUGUUAUGUGUUUUUUCUUUGAUGAACUGAAUUCUUCAGUUUCUAACAUCAGAUAUGCACCUGAAACAGGAAGUUAUCAGUUACUACAGUUAAUAUAGGAAAGCAGUUGUGGUCUGUUGACUGUGCUGAGCCAAGUGUAAAUGUUAAAUCUAAACUGUAGUGAUGAUGUGUAAAAUCUAACUUCCUGGUUACCUGGAAACAUCUUUACACUCUAACAGCAGUCACAGUGACAGUGGUGCAGUCUGUACUGACGGGAUUAUCAUGUUUCUAAUGCUUUGUCCCUCGUUACCAUUAACAGCAUCUUAAUGUAGGCUUCACAACAACAACUGAAAUGCAUUAGACUGUACAGUUGUAUUUAAUAAACUGGAGGUGAAAUCCUGUUUGACCUAUUAAAGGAUAAUAAACUCAAAAUGGCUGACGUCAUCAUUUUUGUGAUUAAAACUCAUCCUGUGAACGUUAAAUAAGCACUGAAGUCUCACUGAUUUCAAAUAACUGAUGAGUUUAUACACCGUUCUAAGGUUUGAACAUUUGUUUGAAAACUGAAUAAAUCCUGUAUCAGAAUUAAGAAAUAGCAAACAUAUGUAUUACAGUUCCAGUCUUCCAUAACACAAGCUGUUUCUCUUCGAUUCCAAGUUAGAAAUAUUUAAUAAAAUGAAUUACUGUUCCUUAACUAUCAUUUCUCAGUCCUGUUCAGUCACAUCAUGGGAACAGUUUUCAGUUUUUAAUUUGUCAGGAGGCUUCAGUCCAGACCUGCUCCUCCAGCUUCAAACACUUCACUUCCCAACAUCUCAGGUGUCUUUCACGUACAGUAACUAACUACCAUUGGCUGACAGGUGUGAUACUAAAUUAAGUGUGUGAAUAAACCUGUGUAUGCUUGUACUGUAAAUUAACUUGAAGCUGCUUCAGCUGUGAAGUUUACCGUCUGUUCUUCGGCUUGUACAUCUCAUCUUAAUCAAAAAUACCUUUUUCUUUGAACAUGUGAAGAACAUUUGUCACAUAAAUCGAACAUAAAGCUGAUUAAUUUACAUUUAAACAUUUACUGGGAUCUAUUGAUAUAUCUAUGUUUUUAUCAGUGUAUAAUCACAUAAAGCUAAUGUUAUGUUUUCAUCGAGAAUGAGCAGUUUAUACCUACCUGGGGGAGCGGGUCCUUUUCCGUGGAGUCCACCAUGUUGUUUCUACAGUAGCCCAGAAUGGACAAACCAAACGCCUUUCUCCUAUUUGAUGAUGUUGCAGCAGAAGAAGAGAAAGAAGGAAGACUACAUGUCUGCUAUUACCUAUAGUUUUACAGACUAACAACUGAACUAAAUAUAAUACCUCCUUUAUAGUUAUAUAGACACUUUACAGUCUAGUUGAUGCAGUUUUGUCACCUGAAGGCCACCGUAGACUCUGGGCCUUUAAACCGUUUUCAUUUACAGUGACAGAAAACUCUUAUGAAAAAAAGCUUUUUAAUUAAUUUCUAAAAUCAUCUUAAACUAUUUUCACACAGGAUUUAAAUCUCAAAGAAAUAAACAUCAACGACAACAACAACAACGAAAAAAAACAAAAAGAUUUUCUUUAGAUAUUGGCAUUUCUACAGUGGAUAGCUGGUGACAGCAUCAGGAGCCCAGGCGGACCGGGAUGCUGAGCUUCAGUCCUCAGAGCAGUUGCCCGGGCAGACUGAGAGUCCAGCGGGCUUUCUACACCCUCUGGUGUCAGUCUAUCAAGCAGCAGCAGCAGCAGGUAGAAGCGCCAAAAACAGCCUCACGCUCUCUGCCAAAAACCCAGAGAGCUCCCUCCCCCUCAGUACAACACCACACUCACUCUCACACACACACACACACACAUGCGGAUGACACUAGAGAUGUACACCCAGUUCACAUGGUGCAGAAAACAGACAAUGAAAUCCACUCUCUAAAUUAAAGGUUAAUACAGACAACAGAUGUGUGCCUGGUGAGACCUAAUCCAAUCAUCAAGUCUGGAGCAAAAGAAUAAUUUACAACAAACAAAAACAAAACAAGGAGAUUCUUAACAUAGUCUACUUGGUUUUGUUUCAUUGUACUUUUGUAUUUCAGGACCAAUAAGCCUAUGUCUCACUAAACCUAGUGGAAGUGAUGUAACAGAGGCAAAGCUCCUAUAAAGCACAAAGAGCAGCAGUAAGGACGACCCAUAACAACACAUUACUCUGCCAUUAUAGGAGCAUCAGAGGAGAAACAACCUCCAGUAUACAAAACCCUAAUUGUUGCUUUUUUCUUUUUUCUUGAUUCUUCAAAUCUUGUGAAGGAACGAUGCCUCAGUUUGUCAGAGUCAGUGAGAGAGUGAGGUUCACCUCGACUGGGGAAGGCUGGGUUAAGUAGUUCUCGGUGGUAUGUUCUGUUAAAGGAAGGUGAGCGAUGUAAGAGAAGAAUGAGCCGAGCUCACAACAGUGAGAGCAUGUGGACUCACAAGAUGGUCACAGAUGAAUCAGAA